GACGGAGCAGUUCAGCCAUGGAACCCUUUGCUGCUGCUUCGUCCCAUUAAACCAGGAUGGAUACAGCGGAGGACCUGGAGGAGGACCUGGAGGAGGACCAGCUUCUACACUUGGCCGCUCAGAUGAGCAUCGAGGAGUCGUGUCAGAUGGAGCGUGAAACCGGACCCGGGAGGAGUGAAGCUCUGAAGCUCACAGAGGCCAUCAAAGAAGGUGACGCGCUCGCCCUGCAGAAGCUGUGUGAUUUCCCAGCAGCCUUCACUCAGGCGGAUGAGCGCGGCUGGUUCCCCCUGCACAAGGCGGUGGUGCAACCUGUGGUCCGGGUCCUGCAGGCGGUGCUGCACGCGUCGUUCCGUCUGACUCUGGAGGAAAGGACCUCGGAGGGAGAGAGCUUCCUCACUCUGGCAGUGACAGCUGGUUUUGUGGAAAACGUGAAGAUGCUGCUGGACCACGGAGCUUCUCCUCACACGACCAACAGCAACAACGAAUCUCCUCUGCUUCUAGCGGUCCGAUCUGGGUCCCGCCGGAUGGUUUCCUGUCUGAUAGCCGGUGGAGCUCGGGUGGAGCAGGUGUGUCUGAAGAAGUGGACGGCCAUGCACGAGGCCUGCAGGGCCGGCUGCGUCGGCGUCGCGGAGCUGCUGCUGCAGAACGGAGGUCAGGUCUUGGAGGCAGACCAGUACGGAGUGACCCUCCUGGGCAUCGCUGCGGAGUACAGCCACUGCGAGGUCCUGGAGCUCCUCAUCAAACACGGUGCCGAUGUAAACGGCCGGGCCCCAAACGGCGACAGCGUCUUGUACGACGCCGCCGGCUCGGGGAACCUGGACUGCAUCGACAUCCUGCUGCAGCACGGAGCCAACCCCAACGUCCCCAACCUGAGCUCCCAGCUGCCCAUCCACCACGCCGCCUACGAGGGACACCUCCCCGCUUUGAGGACCCUGAUCCCGAUCACCACCCGGCGAGCCCUGCGUCUGUCGGGCCACAGCCCGGUGCACUCCGCCGCCGCCGGGGGCCACGCCCCCUGCCUGGAGCUGCUGCUGCGGGAAGGCUUCGACGUCAACGCCCGGCUGGCCCCCCGCGCGUCCGACGGCUACGGCGACGCCAGGAGGAGCCCGCUGUACUUCGCCGUCUCCAACAGGGACGCGGCCUGCACCGAGAUCCUUCUGAGGUCGGGGGCCCAACCCGACCUGGACCCGCUGUGCUGCCUCCUGGUGGCGGUCCGGUCGGGGUGCCGCGAGGUCGCGGCGCUGCUGCUGGAGGCCGGGGCGGACGCCAACUGUGGCUGGAGCGACGCGGCGCUGCAGUACUGCCUGAAGGACGAGGCGAUGAUGAGGCUGCUGCUCGACGCCGGCUACGAUGCCGGGGAGUGUUUCCGCUGUAACCAUGGCGACGACCGGGACGCCCCGAGCCGGUCCUCGCCGGAGACCAAGGGGAGAGUCGCUGUGUGUGACCUGCUGUGCGUCCCCCGCCUGGAGGGACGGGCGGGACGGGUGGUGUCCAUCCUCCUCGACUACGUCGGAGCGGUUUCCCUCUGCAGCAAACUGAGCAAGCUGGUGGAGACACAGGAGGAGUGGCCUCGCAUCCACCGGACCACGCGUAACCCCCGCUCUCUGUCUCACCUGAGCAGAGUGGAGGUCAGGAAACACCUGGGCCUCAGCGCCGUGAUGUCCGCCCAGCUGCCCGACCGGCUGAGGGACUUCCUGCUGUUCAGAGGGAGCGCCCCCCGCGGAGAGGACUGAGGACGUCUCAUCUGUUGGUUCUUAUUAAAGAGAGCGGGUUUGUCAAAGCUACUUCCGCUUUCUUAAAGGCGCAGAUCUUUAUUUCAUCAAAACGUCACUAUGAUUCGUGCUGUUAUUGAACUGUCACAUGGUCAAAUUAGAGAAAAGAUCCUCUGGGUUGUGACUCGUGGAAGAAAGUCUCAGACGAUAUGAUUCUCAUAUAAAAGGAUAAUAAUAAAAAGAAGAGAAAUCGUAUAAAAGCCACAUAGCAACCUGUCAAUCACAGUAGUCCCCUGCUUCAUGGUUUCACCUUCUAAGACUGAUACACGUCUGUAGAAAUGGUUUCCAACAUCAGUGAAAUUUAUACUUAAUUUAUACUUAAAUACAUACACGCAGUCUAAACCAGAUGAAAGCAAUUCCUCCCGUAGCUCAGGAGGGACCUCAGUGUGGAGCAAAGAUGGAGAUGUUGGCACUAAGUUGGACCUCCUGACCUGCUUAAACAACAACAACAACAACAACGUGGCUCCACAUUCUGGUCACUGAGAACCGGAUAAUAGACGAGAGAACGACCUCCAAACUGUGAGGCAGAGGUUUAAAACCAGCAGGACAAAGCGAAGCUAGAGGAGCUAAGGCCGAGAUGGAAGCUGAGCUAACCCAGUGAUUGGACCAGAGGAGGUGAAGACAUUGGCCAUACUUACAUAAUAUUAACAUUCCAUAUGUGGGGCCACUGUUAUUGUUGGGUUUGUCGUCUGUUGGGUUACAGCUGAAUUAUGUUGUGUGACAAUAAAUAAUCCCAUAAUCCCGAAAUCAUUAACGUGUGGAGUAGGAGCAGCGCCUCAGAGGGAGAAUAAUUAAAUCUAUUUUUAAAACAGGUUAUAAAUGUUUCCUUUGAGGUUCGGGACAUGUGCCAAAGAAUGGUAGAUACAAUUAAUAUAUAAAUAAAGACCCUGACCGUAACGGAUCACUGCGAGUUUAUUUCGGUAGAAAAUGAAUGAAACUAUCAGCCGCCUGAGAGGAGACGAAAUUACUUUAUUAAAGAUGUAUGGAUAAUUUUAGACAAUAUUCAGCCGAAGAGGAAAUGGAGUUCUGCACAUUUAAUGAACAUGAAGAAUCCAACAGGUGGGGGCCUUUAUGAGUAAUCAUGUUCCCAUUCCACUGACACUCAUCACCAAUAAUUCGGGUCAAAGGUCAAAUUCACCACAGUGGUGUCAUGUCUUUUCGCUCUGGACGUGUAACACGAGUCGACUUCGAAAGCCCUACACAUCCGAACUAAUGGGAUCUGGAUCUGGUGAAAAAGGCCACCUCUAUGAAGUGUGACCAAUGCAGCGAGAAAACCACUGUAGUGACAUCCUAACACCUGCCGUGACCAGCAGGGGGCGACUCCUCUACUCCCAUAGACGUCUAUGAGGAAAGGACUCUACUUCUGUGUAGUGACCAGCAGGGGGCGACUCCUCUGCUCCCAUAGACCUCUAUGAGGAAAUGACUCUACUUCUGUGUAGUGACCAGCAGGGGGCGACUCCUCUGCUCC